GGCGCCGGGCCCUGGCUCACAGCCCACAAGUUCCACCUGCUCACAGGUUGGCUGGCUCAACCAAGGUGGUGCUCCCUGCUCUGAGCGUCCAGGCCAACUCCAUCCGGCGCCAUGGCCAGAUACAGAUGUUGCCGCAGCCAAAGCAGGAGCAGAUGCCGCCGCCGGAGACGAAGAUGUCGCAGACGGCGAAGGCGAUGCUGUCGGAGAAGGAGGAGGAGGUGCUGCCGCCGCAGGUACAGGUGUAGAAGAAGAAGAUACUAAAUGCACAAAAUAGCACGUCCACCAAACUCCUGCCUGAGAAUUUUACCAGACUUCAAGACCCUCUCGCCACAUCUUGAAAAUGCCACCAUCCGAUGAAAAACAGGAGCCUGCUAAGGAACAAUGCCGCCUGUCAAUAAACGUUGAAAAAUCAUCCCA